AUGUUCAACGACCUGGGUCUGGCCACUGCUGAUGAUGCAAUCAGCCUGCUUGAGCAUCACAUCGAACACCUGGUUCGUGGCUUUGCUGACGGACAUGAAGUCAUCAAGAUCUCGAUGAAGCAGGACCGAAGCAAUGCAGCCAGCCUCGCCAAGAUGGAACAGAAGUUGAGGGAACUGGGCAAUCAUGGGGCUGCGAACCGUUUGGUCAGCCAUUCAAGAGAUGCAUCGAACCAUUCAUUGAACCAGGUCCUGCCCAUGCGACGGCACAUCGAAGACAUUGCGAAGCUUCUCAAUGAGAUGGUGGAUCCGGAGAUUCAGACAGACGCCAUAAGCCUUAGGGCGGUCAUGGAGGAUAUCCGCCGUCAGUCAGACGCUGCACGCGGACGUGCUACAGCCGGAAAGCAGAAACUUGAAGCAUUUGCUGGUCAGCUCCUGGAAAUACAAGCUGAAUACCAGGGAAUAGGGCAGAAGGCAGAAGAGCAAAUUCAGGUCAAGGCAGAGAAUGCUGAAGAACAUCACAGGAUCGCUCAAAGAAAGCAAGCCCAACGCAAUGUCAGCGGGUUUUUGUCAGCGUUCGCCAGCGUAGCACUUGGAACUGCAAAGGCUGGGAUGGAGGAUACGCUUUGUGCUGGUGGUGUCAAGUUGGCUUUGGGCUCAUAUCUGACCAGCAUGAGCGCAUGGUUCAGCACGACAGCACUCGGCCUUUGUGGGAUUUGCUGCGUGAUUUCCAUCAAGUUAGGUUUGGCUGCCAGAGACGCUUACUCCAAGUAUGAAAUGGCCUUGCAAUCACAAAAGGCAGCUGAAAGAGAGGUCGAACAAAGUAAGGGCCUGGUGGAGAAAUCCGAAGAAAGCCAGGCCUCUGCGCAUGAAAUGGUGGCCACAGCCAUGGCGCAUGAGAGUCUGUGGAGCGGUGUGUCCGCUGCUGCCGAGUUGGUUGCUCACAGCUUUUCUGAGCUACGUCAGAUAGAUCCCACCGGUCUUCGCCGCAAGAAGUUCAAUGAGAAGAUGAAAACAUCUUCUGCGGAGCUGUUGAACUUUGUCCAGGCGAUUGACGAAUACCUCUUCUUCCUGCACAAGCAGGACUUCUUCCCUCCCACUUUCCAUCUUCAGCGGGCUUUGGGCCAAGAGAAAUUUCGGAAGAUGGAGGAGGAUUGGCGAGCCGCUGCAGCUCAAGUGGCACAGACGACUGAGCAGUCGGAGCUGGAGCCAGGGCAUGACCGCCAGGAUGAGAUGCUUUGUUGUUAG